CAUUGUUCAAUUUGCAGAACUCAAGAACUUAAAUUAGACAAAAAUGGAUCAAUUGAUCUCUCAAGCAAUUCUUGCUCUACUUUCAAUUCUUGUAGUAAUAUCUUCGAUUUGGUACUUCAAAUUGCUGUCCAAAUCUGCAGCAAAAUCCCCACCAGGGCCAUGGGGUGUGCCGAUCCUCGGCUAUCUCCCGUUCGUCGGGAGCAAUAUGCUCAGCACAUUCUCCAAUCUUGCGACCAAGUACGGCGAAAUCUUCAAAGUCCGUCUUGGCAAUAAACUUUGUGUCGUGAUUAACUCACCGGCCCUCGCGAAGGAGGUUGUCCGGGAUCAUGACGCUGUUUUUGCCAACCGGGAUGUGCCUGCCGCGGCCCUUGUUGCCUCUUACGGCGGAAAGGAUAUUGUUUGGUCUCCCAACAACUCCGAGUGGCGAGCAAUGCGAAAAGUAUUCGUCCGGGAGAUGAUGGCCAAUAGAAGCCUUGAGCUCUCUUACACUCUUCGCAAGACCGAAGUGAGGAAGUCCAUUCAACGAGUAUACAAGAAUGGGAAGGCAGCUGUUGAAUUUAGUUUGCUAGCAUCUCAAACCACGACUAAUGUAAUGAUGAAUAUGCUUUGGGGUGGGUUGCUUCAAGGAGACGACGAGGAAAUAUUAAUUGGACAGAAAUUUUGCGCGCUCACCCCUAAGCUUACGGAUGUGAUAGGAAGGCCAAAUAUUUCAGACUUCUAUCCCUUUCUUGCAAGAUUCGACAUUCAAGGAAUACAAAGAGAGACAGCGACCUAUUCGCGGCAGUUGGAUAAUAUUGUUGUCGAAAUCAUUGCAAAGUAUAAGAAGAAGUUAUCGAGAGGUGUCCAGGUUGAAGGAGAGAAAGACUUUCUUCAAAUCUUGUUAGAGUUGCAGCAGAAAGACGGAAAUUCGAUAGAUGACACACAACUCAAAGCCUUGUUGGUGGAUAUUGUUACAGCAGGAUCCGACACAACUACAACUAUAACAGAGUGGGCAAUGGCGGAGCUUAUGAACAAUCCUAUAGUUAUGGAGAAGGUGCAAAAGGAGUUAUCCGAGGUUGUAGGAUUAGAUAAUAUUGUCGAAGAUCACCACUUGCCCAAACUAAAGUACUUAGAUGCCGUUCUUAAAGAAACAUUACGCCUACAUCCGACAGCACCCUUUUUGGUCCCAAGAUCUCCAUCCCAAUCUUCCAUAAUCGGGGGAUACACCAUCCCGAAGGACUCCAUGGUUCUCAUAAAUGUUGCCUACAUCCAAAAGGAUCCUCGUUUUUGGGAUAGUCCACGAGAGUUCAAGCCUGAGAGAUUUCUAGACAACGAAUGUGAUUUUGGUGGUAAUAAUUUUCAUUAUCUUCCAUUUGGAUCGGGGAGAAGGAUAUGCGUUGGCCUACCCUUGGCGGAGAGAAUGCUAAUGUAUUUUGUAGCUUCACUUGUGCAUUCUUUUGAUUGGAAAUUACCGAAUGGCCAGAUACUUGAUAUGUCGGAGGCAUACGGGAUAGUUUUGAAGAAAAGUGUUCCCCUUGUUGCCAUCCCUAGUCCGAGGUUGUUCGAUUCAAACUUAUAUAUGUAGAUUUAUGUCGUUCUAAUGAAUUGUCAGUUUACUUUAUUUAUGUUUUGUUGAACGUGAGUUCUUAAUGUACGGUUUUAUUUAUUCAUUUUAUAAUUUAUAAAAUUAUAUUUUGAUUUUAUGAAUAAAAUAUUUGUUUGAUGUGA